AUGAAUUAUUAUGAGAGUGAAGAUGACGACGAUGACGAGGAGGUGGUGGAGGGAUUUGUGAAGGCCGAUGUUGGGGUUGUGGAUGGGGAGGGAUAUAGUGAGGAGGGGAAUGGGGAGAUGGAGGAUCGAGACACGAAGCCUGACGACGACGCCCGCUUCGAGGAGGAAGACGCAGGACCUCCACGACGAAUGUGGAAACCUAUUCAUGGCAAAAUCAACAUUCAACCACCUAGCGGUGAUCCAGAAGAAACGGAAUUGGAGGAGAAAGUAGGCAUGGAAGCGAUGAGGCGAAUCGCCAAAAGGAAGCUCAAAGAUCUCGUGGAAUCUGCCAGAAAAUAG